AUGCCAUUCCAUCAUGUGACUGCAGGCUUGUUGUACAAAGGGAAUAACUACUUGAGCCGAUCACUUUCUACAGGAAGUGACAGUGAGCAGCUCGCUAACAUCUCAGUGGAAGAACUAGAUGAAAUCCGUGAAGCCUUUCGAAUACUGGAUCGAGAUGGAAAUGGUUUUAUUUCAAAACAGGAGCUUGGCAUGGCAAUGCGAUCCUUGGGGUACAUGCCUAGUGAAGUUGAGUUGGCUAUCAUUAUGCAACGCCUGGAUAUGGAUGGGGAUGGUCAAGUGGAUUUUGAUGAAUUUAUGACAAUUCUUGGCCCCAAACUGGUGUCUACCGAGGGUCGGGAUGGAUUCCUGGGGAAUACAAUAGAUAGUAUAUUCUGGCAGUUUGACAUGCAAAGGAUAACACUGGAGGAAUUAAAGCACAUUCUCUAUCAUGCAUUUCGGGAUCAUUUAACAAUGAAGGACAUUGAAAACAUAAUCAUAAAUGAAGAAGAAAGUUUAAAUGAAAAUUCUGGAAACUGUCAAACAGAGUUUGAAGGAGUACAUUCCCAGAAGCAGAACAGGCAAACCUGUGUACGGAAGAGCCUUAUAUGUGCAUUUGCCAUGGCCUUUAUUAUAAGCGUCAUGCUGAUUGCAGCAAACCAGAUUCUUCGGAGUGGCAUGGAGUAG